UGUCCGUGCGUGAGCAGAGAAGAAGAGAGGAAGGAAGAAAGGAGAAGGGAAAAAGAAAAGGAGAAAAAGAAAAAGAGAGAAGGGAAAAAGAGGAAAAGGAGACGUCGGCGGGAUUCGCGGCGACGGUCGCGAGCCGGGCGUGGCGUCGACGAGAAGCGGCGCACACGAGAAACGAGGAGAUAGGUGAAGUUUUAAACGAUGAUUGAUUUCGGUGUCAGGACGGAGAUUAGAUUUUCGGUGUCCGGGCGAUGAAUUGCCGGAAAAGAUUCGAGCUCGGCGAUGAAAAUAUUUUGAAAAAAUAUUUUUAGUGAGUAAUUUAUUUGGGUGAAUUUUCGGGAUGUUACAAUACCGCAAGGACAAAAACUAGCUGGUCCACACAAUAUAUCCUACGUCAUCUACUAUAUUAAGCCAUUUUGCAUGCCACAAAUGGAGACACCGCAUGAGACCCCCUCUAUUUAGAAUAGAACUCACUAGAUGCCUGCUCGGUUUGACAUUUGGAAUUGGCCAUGCAAAUGCAGUUAUUACCCUGUUGCAUGUCCAUCAAUAGUUAAUAUCCAUGGUAACAAAAAACUUAGAUCAAUAGGGCGAGGCCAGACUAAUGGGCAUGGCAAAAGAGCACUUUGUGCUUGUUCAUGGGGAAGGUCAUGGAGCCUGGUGCUGGUUCAAGCUCCGCUGGCUCCUUGAGGGCUCUGGUUACCGCGUCACAUGCAUUGACCUGGCCGGAGGAGGAGUUGAUCCUACCGAUCCCAACACAGUCCGAUCAUUCAAGCAGUAUGACAAGCCGCUCAUGGACCUCAUCUCAACCUUGCCAGAGGGGGAGAAGGUGAUUCUAGUCGGGCAUGGUGCUGGAGGGCUGAGUGUAAUUCAUGCAAUGCAUGAAUUUGUUGACAGGAUCAGUCAAGCAUUUUUUGUGGCAGCUACAAUGCUACCAUUUGGAUUUCAAACUGAUGAAGAUAAGAAAGAUGGAUUACCAACUUUGCCUCAGAAUGAGAUUGAAUUGACACUUGGUGCAGCAGCAGAUGAUCCUCCAACAACCAUAGCCUUAAAACUAGAAUUCCAACGUGAUAGACUAUCCCAACAAAGCCCUGAAGAGGAAUCAGUCCUUGCUUCAAUGCUGAUGCGGCCGUGGCCUGCAGCAGCUAUUAGUACUGCAAGUUUUGAAGGAGAUGAUGAGAGAUUAAAUCGAGUCAAACGUAUUUUCAUAAAGGCAGAGCGUGACCAUAUGCUGAACCCUGAACAGCAAGAUUCCAUGAUCCAGAAGUGGCCACCCAGUGAGGUUUUGGUCAUAGAUACAGAUCACAGUCCCUUCUUCUCUGCACCAGAACAACUCUUUAAUUUAAUAGCCAAAUCUCUAUGAUACAAGUAUGCAGAAAGC